UUUGCUUUAUCAAUUUCACUAGUUCCUCUGAUAUUUUCCGGCUACUUUAAAAACAAGUUUUAUAAUAAGUCAGGAGUGUGCAUUGCACUACCGUUGACGAGAGACCGCCCUCCAGGUUGGCUUUAUUCAAUUUUAAUCUUCAUCGGUCUAAAUUUCGCCACUUUCCUGGUAGUUGCUGCCGGCCAAUGGUCAAUAUACACGGAAAUUAGCAGAACGAGCGGUAAGCUGAGGAAAUCACAAUCUCGAAAAAAAGAUCUGAUUGUAGCAAGAAAUUUACUGCUUGUGGUUGCCACGGACUUCCUCUGCUGGUUUCCAAUAGGAUGUAUGGGAAUAAUGGCUUUGUCAGGUUAUGCUAUUUCUGGUGAUGUUUAUGCGUGGGCAGCAGUAUUUAUACUACCAGUUAAUUCAGCUCUGAAUCCUAUGCUAUACACGCUCACUGCCAUAGUUGGUAAAAAGAGUUUCACCCCAAAUGCUAACGAGCAGGUUAGGAACACUGUUCAUAAAGGUAAGGCAAAACGAUUUCUGGAAAACCAGAAGCUAACAGAACUACGAUUUAAUUUGAACGGCCACAUGUCACCAGCAUCAUAUAUGACCAUACACGAGUAUCUGCAGGAGAUUGAAGUUUUACCUACAUGGGCUAUUCUUAGGAUAAUGUAUCAACUCACAGAAUGUCUGGUUGUACUGCACAAGAACGCUUUGGUUUUAGAACAAAUCGAUGAACAUUCCAUCUAUAUCAAGGCAGACCAUACUAAGGUAACUGGUGAUGUUCAGAUUCGACGUGAGCCAACUGUUUGUUCAAAGCUCGUUGAUCAGCAAAAGGACAUAUUUAAACUUGGGUUGUUAAUCCAAACAUUGAUUAUAAAGAAUAAAAGAUUUAAAUAAUGAGGACCGAGACGCCCUUUGCUCUGUCCUGUUUUGUUUGGAGUCCUGCUUGGCUCCUUGCCGAUAGUACUGUCUUACUUGGUCGUGUGGAGGUUUAGUGCAUUGAAUGCCACCCUUUCUGGUCGAUCUUGUUUUUCAUAUUUGAUAGAAUGAAAAGUUACUUGUUUUGGCAAACAUAUUUCGAGUUUUUCUGUUGCUGUUGAAAAUGGAUUUUGAAAAUCAUGUUUUGUCCGGUAGUUUAUUUUAAUAAGGAUAUGACAUUUACUGAAGUUUACUAUGAGUUUGGUCCAAUGGAAAAUAAUUUUCUGAGAAUAAUUUGAAUUUUUAACUACUUUGAUAUGCUAGCUGAAAACGAAAAGUGUAAGUGUUGUAAAAUGUUCAGGGUUUCGAUUGAUUUUAUUAAUGGAAGCUUGAAACUGUACACAAGUAAGCUGUGUAUCGCCUUCCACGUUCACUGGUCAGUGCAUUAAAUGCACGGUUGUUUGUCUUAGUCUUACUUGCCUAAAAAAGAUAAACAGAAAACAGAAUCCUUAAAGUGAGCCUUUUGAAUUUUUAAACAUCAGUAGAUGUGUUCAUAUGGCGUUGAUCAUGAAACCUCCAAUGUACAACGCUAGUGCCAUAACAUGAAAAGCGGCAUAUAAGACAAGAAACCAUGGCUGCAUGAAACUGUGCCAUAGACAUAAUCGAAGCCUUUUCCAUUCAUUGCUAGGUCAACUGCUCACAAACAGUAUCACAAACAAAACCAUGUGUUCUUUUGUGCAAACCAGGUCAACCAGUGACUAUGUACUAUCUCAGUGUAGCAAUUGGAUAACAAGUUAGCCAAUUUACAUAAAUCUGUAAACACUGGAAAUGUCAUGACAGCAAACACGUUUGUUUUAUAGUGAUACGCCUUUAAAAUAAGCCGUAGACCUAUCCUUAACUGUACCUGAACUGUAGAAGACCCUUUUGUAUGAUAAGGUAAAUAGGUUAAACGUUAAUGUCAGUUAUAUUCAUAUCCGAUAUUUAACGUAAGAAGGAAUAAAUAGGUCUAAGUUUGUGAAACAGUAAUGGCAUUGUGCAUGACAUUUUGAUGAUCCCUUUUGAAUUAGGAGUCAUUAAGUCCAAAGUUAACUUGACAGUGACAUUUAAAAACGUUGUCCGAUCCAUGACUUGUUCUGGUUGUUUUCUUUAUUUUAAUUCAGUCUUGUUCGAAGUGUGUGCAGCGAA